CCGGGCGGUUUGGGUGCGCAUGCGCGGCCGCGAGGGCGCGGCGUGCCGGCCUGCGGGCUUGCCCGCGCCUCUGCGGCCAGGCGCCUAUGGCGUUUCUGGGGUGACGCGCUGGUGGCACCGACUCUCUCUGGGGACCGGGGCAUCACCCAUGAUCCCUUCGGCGACCUUCUUCUCCCGGCGCCAGAACAUCGGGUCAGAAGUUGAGAAUUCCACUAUUGAAAAACAGCGGAAGGAGCUGCAGUUGCUCAUUGGAGAACUGAAAGAUCGAGAUAAAGAGCUCAAUGAUAUGGUCACGGUGCAUCAGAGACAACUUCUCUCAUGGGAAGAGGAUCGGCAAAAAGUGUUGACUCUGGAGGAACGUUGCAGCAAAUUAGAAGGUGAGCUGCAUAAAAGAACUGACAUAAUCAAGUCUCUCAUGAAGAAGGUCAAAAUGCUUGAAUCCAAUCAAAUAGAGUGUCAGACCGCUCUUCAGAAGACUCAGCAGCAGCUUCAGGAAAUGGCUCAAAAGGCCACACAUUCUGCCCUCCUCUCGGAAGACCUUGAGGCUAGAAAUGAAAAUCUCAGCAGCACGUUAGUGGAACUUUCUGCUCAGGUAGGACAAUUGCAAGCUAGAGAGCAGGCUCUCACUACCAUGAUAAAGCUGAAGGACAAAGAUAUUAUUGAGGCAGUCAAUCACAUUUCAGACUGUUCGGGUAAAUUUAAAUUGUUAGAGCAUGCUUUACGUGAUGCUAAGAUGGCGGAGACUUGUAUUGUGAAAGAAAAGCAAGAUUAUAAGCAGAAAUUGAAGGCACUUAGGUUUGAAGUCAGUAAACUGAAAGAGGACCUAACCGAGAAGACCACGGAAAACAACGAUCAACGAGAAGAGAUCAUUCGCCUCAAGCAAGAGAAAAGUUGCCUGCACGACGAGCUAAUUUUUACUGCCGAGAGAGAAAAGAGGAAGGAUGAGUUACUUGAUAUUGCCAAGUCAAAGCAAGAUCGUACAAAUUCAGAGCUACACAAUCUGAGACAGAUUUACGUAAAACAACAGAGUGACCUGCAGUUUCUUAAUUUCAAUGUAGAAAAUUCUCAGGAAUUAAUACAGAUAUAUGACUCAAAGAUGGAGGAAUCAAAGGCCCUGGGAUGCAGCAGAGACAUGUGUUUAUCAGACCUUGACAAUAACUACCCAAAAAUCGAUAUUAAGAGAGAGAGAAAUCAGAAGUCAUUGGUUAAGGAUCAAAAGUUUGAGGUCACGUUGGCUCAGCACAAUAGGUCAGACAAGAGCUCUUGUGACGCGUGCAGAGAGAAGAAGCUACAGGUUAAGACUGCCUUUGGGGAAGGAAGUGUAAUUGCUCUCUCGUCUCUGUUUACCAAAGACUUACUGGAGAAACAAAAGUCUUGGUCUCUGGGUGGAAAAAUCCAGACUGAACCGGAAAACAAAGUUACACUAUGCAAGAUUCAUGCAAAAUCUCCAAGAAGCAAUGGACCAGAGCUUCAGAUGGAGGAGAAGCAGCUCUCAGAAACAUCCAUCUCGCUGCCUGAAGAGAAGCAAUGGCAUGACAUCAAUGUUUACCUGGGCCUUUCUAACUGCUCUGUUGUAAAACAGCCGGAAAAGCUUGAUGGGGACUGCCGUGACCCUGCAGAUAUGUCUGAAAUCUCAUGCUGCACCCAAAAUGAAGUCUGUAUGGGUGACAGUGACCUGUGUGAUUCCAAGUGCUGCCACCCGAGUAACAUCAUCGUCGAAGCCCCAGGACACAUGACUGACGUAGAGUGGAUGAACAUUUUCAAGCCUUCCAAAAUGCAAAGGAUUGUUCGCCACAAAACUUUGUGCACUUGUUCAGGAGGUGUCAGUGGAAUGAAAUAUAAUUCCUCAGCAAGUGAGCUUAUAACCAUCCAGCCUCCGCAGUGUUUGGGGUCCUCCAAGUCUGCUGAAAGAGAAGAUGAGUCAGGGGCCUCUCCAGACAAAAGAACCUCAUCCAAGAGUGUGUUCAUCAGCAAAGAUGCCGCAUUGUCCAAUGAAAAGGAUGACUUUUCUCCUACCAGUAAGCUCCAGCGCCUGCUGGCCGAGUCUCGGCAGAUGGUCACGGAUCUGGAGCUGAGCACACUGCUGCCCAUCAGCUGUGAGAAUCUCAACAGAAGUAAGCAGGACUCUGUUUGGAAGGCAGAAAGCAGAUACCAUACUUCAUGUAAAGACAAAGGGGAUUGUGAUUCCUACCAUACUUCAUGUAAAGACAAAGGGGAUUGUGAGUCCCACAUAAGCAGCAUUUAGUACAAAGGCCAGCAGAAUCUCAAAGUUUACUUCUUAAAGCAACUGUAUUUUGUUUUUGAUGAACCAUUUUUGUGUAAAAAAAUAUUUUUAUACCAAAGAAAUGAGGUCGUACUCUACACACCUGUUUGGAACUAUGCUAAAAGGAAAAAACAAAAUAUCUCUGUCAGGAUGCAGACACGGUUUAAUUAACCAGAGAAGCUCUUUAAACCUGGCAGUAUCCGUGAACCCUGCGUGGAGGAAGCUGCUUUCGCUGCCUACCUUCUUACAACCUGGUGUGUAUUCACAUUAUAGCUUCUCAGCGUCAGCUCCCUAUGUGUGAUGUAGUCUUUUCUUCUCUUAGGGUUUUAGCACUGGACUUUGUUGUGUUGAUGGGCAUGAGAUAAGAUGGUAUAAAAUGUUUGUAAUGGGACACCAUCACCUUGCUGGCAGUUAAGGCCAGGCUGCCCUCGGGCGACAGCUGCAUCUUGUCUGGCUCUGUAGUAGGCAGUUCACUUACACAAGACAGCACUUGCUGGAAGAUCAAGUUUUGUAUGGAUUUUUAAAAAUAUAUUGAAGACUAUAUAGAUAAUAAAAAUUUAUUAUAUUGAAAUAUAAUUCCAUUUUAACUUUAAAAAAUUUUAAUUAAAAAAAGAUUACACUAUUUGCUUCUGUCCCUUCUACUAGAACUGAUCAGUUUCAUUCAAUAAAGAUAUUUUUAAUAAUAAAAAUAAUUUUUUGGUUUCCUUUUACAAUACAGGACUAAAACAAGGAACUUUAUUUAUUUAUGUAUUUUUUCGGUUUUUCGAAACGAUUUCUUUGUGUAGCCUUGGCUGUCCUGGAACUAGCUCUGUAGACCAGGCUGGCCUUGAUGUCUGUGGGAUUCAACUGCUUUUGCCUCCCAAGUACUGGGAUCAAAGGGAUGUGCCACCACUGCCUAGCUAACAAGGAACUUUAAAUGUAACCUGGCAAGUUAAUUUCUCGGGAAAGUAUUCUCUUAAGCAGAUAUCAAGGUUGUAUUGUGCUGGGUCAAUGCCCCUUUGUUAGAGGCUUCAGGGUUUCUUGAGAGAUGAUUUUCAUGAGCGGGAAGGCUCACCCUUGUAAUGAGGAUGCUGAAAAGAAACUGAGCGAGUCUGACUACACUCUGUAAAUACUGGCUUUCUCUUCAGACUGGUUGUAUCCAGCAAGACUGGGAACAUAGAACUGAUUCUGAACCAGCACUUGCCAAGUGGGAAACCCAGAAUGCCCUUGGAGAGCCCCAGGUUCCAGGCUGAGAAUUCAGACACUAAAUUUUUUCCUGCUCUGUGUGGUAGGCUCAUGACUACUCCACUUGCCUGUGACAGGAAACAUCCAUUAGACGUUCCGUAGCAAAACUUAGGGUAGAACAGGAUUUGAAAGACUACAUUCUUUUAUAGCUAAAUGUAAUUUUAGUUCAUAGGCUUGAAAUAUCUAUGACACUUAUGUACUCCAGGCUGGCUCAAACUUGUGAGCCUCCUGCCUCAGUUUCUCAAGUGCUGGGGUGACAGGAGUAUACCACCAUGCCCAGCUUUAUAACACCUGUGCUUACUCAACAAAAUUAUUAUGAAUCAAUUAACAUGAAAUUCAGAGUGGCCGAUUUUAAUAUGGUCAGCUCCUCUGUCUCAACAUGUUCUAUUUAUAUAGGAGCAAUUUAUCAUGUGUGCAGGAAAGAGUUGCAAGAUAAACUAGCCUUUAGGAUUUGUGUUGUGUCAUUAUCAUUCUUAAGACCAGCAUAUCAGGAGGCAACUGAAUUACACUAUAAUCUGUCUGCCAGAAAUGAUCUCAGCAUUGGAAAAGACUGAUACAGGGUAUUUUUGGAACUUCUGAACAGACCUUUUAAACAGAAAUAGAAACACCCCCUCCAGAAGAAAUUCUGAAUCAAGACUAUACAUAAACACUUAAAACAGUUUUACCCAAAAGGUGCCAAGAGAAUGCUUAGAAUUGAGACUGUGUGGUAUGAGGCCAAGGAUGGAAGCCCUGUCAUGGAAGCCUUGUCACACUCUGGAUAGUGACCCAUGGUGUCUUCUGUGUCCCUGAUUUGUAAGCCUCUUGCUAGGAUAAUGCCUCUAGCUUUCUUUCCUUUAAGACAGUUGGUGUGAUUCUGGUAGUGCACAGUGCAGGAAGGUUAUUCACUUAAGCCUCCAGGAGAAUGAUCCUCCAGGAGAAACAGCAUAACCCUGAUGUUCUGGAGAUCAGAGUGCAUAAAGUCAGCUAAGAUGCCAGACACAUGCAUCUGGGUUAAAAUGGGUGGCCUUCCAGAAGAGUCUAUUGAAUGCACAGUGCACAUUAACUAGCUCUGCUAAGGAGGACCUCUGGGUUCUCAGCCAAGUAAUGCUUAAAACAAACAAAAAGGAUCUGUAACCCCAUCUACUGGGGAGGCUAGGCAGGAGGAUGACAAGCCGAAGACUUAGGCUGCAGUGAGUUCAGGUUCAACAUGGGCAACUUUAGUGAGACCUCAUCUCACAACGAAAAGUAAAAAGAGGGCUGGAGCUAUAGCUCGGUGAUAGAGCACUUUCCCAGCAUGCACAAGGCCCUGGAUUUAAUCCCUGGUACCUC